AUUUGACAGUUCGUCGUUUUUUAAUCACAGAAUAGUAAAAUUGUUUUAUUUAUUUUAAUUUUAUUAUGAAAAACAGUGAAUUGAUUCACGAUUGUAUGUAAAUAACAACGAAAACGUUUUAAUGGAAAGAGUAUCAAGAUUUCGUAAGAUGCAGUUUGACUGAUGUGAAAUAUUAUUCAUAAGAGUGCAAAACAGUGUCAUUUUAACAGAUAACAAUUUUAAAGAAAUGAGUAAUGCUAGAGGGGCCAAUGCAAUGAAUAAUUUACCACCAGGUGUGAAUCCGGAGAAUAAUCCACUGCCCGGUGGACCGAUCAUAAACCAAGCCAUGAAUAGAAAUAGAAAUAAUAACCAGAAUCCCUUAUUCAAUGUAAGAGAAAGGUUGUUCCAUGCAUUAUUCUUCAAAUUUGCCAUAGCAUAUGCACGGACAUUCCCCCGACCUGUGCGGAGAUUCUUUGAAUUCCUAGUGCUUUUAAAAGCGCUUAUAGCAUUCUUUGUACUUGCGUACAUACACAUUGUGUUUUCGAGGACACCUACAACAUGUUUGAAUCACGUGAAGGAUUCAUGGCCCAGGGAUGGUAUUUUGAGAGUGGAAAUAUUGAGGAAUCCAGCAAAUGAUUACACAAUUGAACAAAGCUAUGCAAAAGAGAAGAAAUUGAAGAAGGAUAAGGAGGAGUUCAUGCUAGGAAUGCUAGCUACAGAAGGAUUCAUAAACAUUGAAUCAUCUACUAAUGAAGAUAUCGAGGAAGAUGAAUAUUUAAGAGAUGGCACAGACUAUGGCAAUAUAACACGCAUACAUGAUGAAAAUGGAGAGACUCAAAACCAGGUCAUAGAGACAGGGUUCUUUGUGGAUAGUAAACCGGAGUUAAAAGAGGGACUGAGUGAUCUAAACCAAACUAUUGUUCCUGGUGAGGAGGUGGAGCCAUCAUCAUCUAUCUGGGAAGGCAUUAUGGGUCUUGUUGAAGAUAUAGAUAGAGAGUCUAAACUUGCUGAUGAGUCCCUUAAUGAGUCGGGAGCCAACGAUUCGUCAAAAGAUGAAGACUAUAUACUGGAGUACUCUCUGGAAUAUGGCUUCCUACGGCUCUCGCCAAGUGCAAGACUCCGCCUAAAGAUUCCCGUCAAAAUAGUCACAUUGGACCCGCAAAAAGAUAAAUGUUUCGGGGAUUCUUUCUCCCGUUUCGUGCUUGACGAGUUCUUGGGUUAUGAUGACCUUCUGAUGGCUUCGAUUAAGGGUCUCGCCGAACAAGAGGAUAACAAGGGUUAUUUAAGAAAUGUGAUAACUGGUGAGCAUUAUCGUUUCGUAUCGAUGUUGACCGCCCGGAGCUCCUACAUCGCUGCAUUCUUCAUCAUGCUUGUCUUCACUGUUUCAAUAUCGAUGCUGCUCCGAUAUGCUCAUCACCAGAUAUUCGUCUUCAUAGUGGAUCUGCUGCAGAUGCUUGAGUUCAACGUCACCGUGUCGUUCCCAGCGGCGCCACUGCUUACGGUUAUUUUGGCGUUAGUGGGUAUGGAGGCCAUCAUGUCGGAAUUCUUCAACGACACCACGACUGCGUUCUACAUCAUCCUCAUUGUAUGGAUCGCUGAUCAGUACGAUGCUAUCUGCUGUCACACUGCGAUAGCCAAGAGACACUGGCUGAGGUUCUUCUACUUGUACCACUUCUCGUUCUACGCGUACCACUACCGCUUCAACGGCCAGUACAGCAGCCUCGCCCUCGUCACUUCCUGGCUCUUCAUACAACACUCCAUGUUGUACUUCUUCCAUCACUACGAGCUGCCGGUGAUACUACAGCAGGCGCAACUACAACAACUUCUACUACGAACUCAUCACGGAAUGGGUGGAAUGAUGGGUCUGGCUGGUAUAGCCGCUUUAGCGAGUGGUGCCGCUUAUCAUGACGCUCCUGGUACAGGUACGCAAGCUACGCCGCCAACUGCUCAGUCUACUACCCAAACCGUUCAGAACACGGUACAGUCCACUGUGACUCAGACAUCGCCUUCUGUCUCUACAGCUCAAACGAACACCACACACACUGGAGAUGUAGUGUCCUCUGGAGUCAUAAGUACACAGACUACAGCAGCAGGUACUGAUACUACCACAGUCAACCAAACUGAGGAUAGAAUUGUGACAACUUCCAUUAAUCAAUCCAUCACAAAUGCAGAUAAGCCAAACGCCUUAGCGCCGAGCGUUGAAAAAGCGAUAAAUAUUCAAGAAAUCAAAAGAAAGAAUUCUGACGACGAUAUCAAGUUGAUUCGAAGUAGUAACUCAGCUCCGACAAUCAGUCUUGAUAGUGAAAAUUAUGAUUUGCCUGGUAGAGCAAAAAAUGAUAAUACAACAAACUCUAACUUGGAUAAAGUUGAGAGUUCGACUUUAGAUCGUAGACGAGUUGGAAGCGUGGAAAAUGAAGAUGGGCCCCCUAUUACUAAUAAACCAUCAACUACGGUGCAACGAGCUCCUAUAGCGACCCCUGAGGCUGAUGAUUUAGACUAGACUCGUAUAAAUUAUGUACCUCUAUGCUUUCUAAUAUGAUAUGAUAACGUGCAGUUUGUAUUUUAUAUAAGUUUAAAGAAUCUGAAGUCAUGGCCGUAAAGUUAAUAGGUAAUAUUUUGUGAAUUACUCUUAAGUGUGUUGCACAUGACGACUUUUUCAGGCAGCACUCACCUGCCAAUUGCGCAGACGCAAAGCAAUGUGCAAAGAUAGUACCUUUAGUACAAGAAUUAACAAUUCGCUGCACACGAUGCACGAUGGUUUUUGAGUAUUUGAACAGUAUAACGCCACAGUAAAAUAUUCCUGACUAUCCAGCAGCUCAAAUUGAAACUGAAAUGAAACGGUUUUACUACCUACUGAUUCAAAACAAAGUUCACUUUACUAUGAUGUGAUAAUGUUUUGACUGGAACUGUCGAGUCUAGACCUCUUUUUAGUUACUACUUUCGAAAAAGUCAUCGUGUGCAAUGGCCCUAACGUAGAAUGGUACUUAUUUAUCAUGAAACUUGGUAAGUUAGGCUCGGUUUAGAUAAUUUUAGUCAGGAAGAAAGAUUGAACUUUAAUGUGCUAGAAUAAUAUACCGUUACGAUGCGCGCGGCCGUUUCUGUAGCCUAAUCAGAUAUUUUAAUUUGGAACAGCAAAUCAAAAACUUAUUUUACUGAGAGCCAAUUUGGUGUUGCAGCUGCAGACUACAACACUGACUGAACUGUCCUGAAAUCGUAUUAUUGAUUUUUUUUUCAUAUGGUUCUCACUGAAAGUGUAUAUUGUACGAAAUUAGAAAGGUACAUCUCAGCUUCGAUUUGGACUCGGGGACUACCAGGCACGAGACCACUAAGGUAGUACUCAUGUACUUUUGGGUGCUUCGUACCCGAAAGGUGCCAACUUGACCCCAUAGUAACGCCUCAGCUGUCCGUCCGUCCAUCUGUUACUCUGUCAGCGGACUUAAUCUCCUGAAGCGUCAUAAGUAGUCAUAUAAUGUAUAUUAACUGUUGC